CUGUAAAAAGAAGCAGAAUAUGUUAAAAUAGUUUUGUAAACAAAAGUGCAAUACUUCAUCACAAGUUGAAGAAAAUAGUAAGCUACUAUAACUACAUAGCUCAAAAUGGAUAAAGCCGAUUCCACACAGUCAUCCAAUCCACGACGCAAAAUCCUAAGCCUGGCGGUGUCACAAAUUUUAAUGGAAAAAGGUUUUGACACCGUUGACAAGGAGUGCCUGGAAACGCUUACUGAAAUGCUACAAAGCUUACUUGUGGAAGUGGGACAAUCAGCACGAAGUUUCUGUGAGCUCUCUGGCCGCACCAUACCUGUAAUUGGUGAUGUGAUUGUAGCACUUGUCAACAUGGGCAUAUCACUACAGGGUAUUGAAGCUUUUGCUAAGCGUGAUGGUCGUCAGAUAAUACCAAUGCCAUCACAAGCUUCGCAACAAAAGCAACUAAAUCUACUACAAGCGGGCACAAAAUCUUCACAUCCACCUCAUGUGCCCAACUAUUUGCCUGCAUUGCCCGACCCGCACGCAUAUGUGCGAACACCGACGCAUAAACAACCUGUGACAGAGUACGAAGCUAUACGUGAAAAAGCAGCUAACCAAAAAAGAGAUGUUGAAAAGGCUUUAACCAAGUUCCUGUCAAAAACAUCUGAAACACACAGUCUUUUCGACAAUGAGGACAAUAUGUUUCCCUUAAUUGCCUGCAAACCUGCAUUCCCACCUUAUCUGGCCGCAUUGAAUCCCACAGAUCAAGUGUUUGAUUUCGAAGAGUUGGAAUAUCACUACUUGGUGGCCAAUCGUACGGAAGAUGUGACAUCCAAGGAUGACAAUGACGAAAAUGAAAGUGGUAACGAAGAUGAGGGUGAUGGGGAAAUGAAAGCUGAGACAAAAAGUGAAAAAGAUGUGAAGCCCGAAAAUGACAUCAAGCCUAAUUCAACCACCAAUAAAGCUAUUUUAGAAAAUCCAAACAUAGAUAAUCCAUAUCUAAGAGCAGCAACACUACCUAAACGUGCUAAACCAGAUCCCACACUGCUUGUCGCCGCUGCAACUGCUUCAUCGACAAGUAGUGGUACGGGUAACUAACCCUUAAUAUUUAUUUAUUUAAUACUUUGAUAAAAGCAUAUAAUUUAGUACAAACAACAAAAACAA